CAGCCUCUGUAUUAGUAGCAGCAAGCCGCCUACGCGAUUUUCCCAACCGCCAACGCCCCGACUGCGAACACGGCGAGAAAAUUCCUCCGCCGCCGCCGUUCGGUCAGAUCUCGCUUCUAGAAGCUUCCACCCCGGUGCGGGAUGUCAGAGGGGCCCCCUCCCGAGGCGGACGGGGCCGUGCGCCGGAGGCGGAGGCGAUGGGCGGCGGCCGCGGGGGCCCUCCUCGUGGCGCUCCUCGCCGUGGCCCUGAGCUCCCGGGGCUUCCCCUCCAUUUCGUCCCUCUCGCGCGGCGGAGGCUGCGGCUGCCCCGGCGCGAGGAAGUACACGGGGAUGGUGGAGGACUGCUGCUGCGACUACGAGACGGUGGACGCCAUCAACGAGGAGGUGCUCAACCCGAUCCUGCAGGACCUCGUCGCUCUGCCCUUCUUCAGGUACUUCAAGGUUAAGUUGUGGUGUGACUGCCCUUUUUGGCCUGAUGAUGGCAUGUGUCGGCUCAGGGACUGUAGUGUAUGCGAGUGCCCAGAUAAUGAAUUUCCCGAACCAUUCAAGAAGCCUUACAGUGGCCUUUCUCCUGAAAACAUGAUCUGUCAAGAAGGAAAACCAGAAGCCACGGUUGAUAGAACCCUUGACACCAAGGUUUUCAAAGGGUGGGUUGAAACCGACAAUCCAUGGACAUCAGAUGAUGAGACGGAUAAUGCUGAGAUGACUUAUGUGAAUCUUCAACUUAAUCCUGAACGUUAUACUGGUUAUACUGGUGAUUCAGCUAGAAGGAUAUGGGACGCUAUCUACAAAGAAAAUUGCCCAAAAUAUCCUUCAGAAGAUAUGUGCCAGGAGAAGAAGGCACUUUACAAGCUAAUUUCAGGAUUGCACUCCUCAAUAUCUGUACAUAUUGCUUAUGAUUAUCUUCUUGAUGAAUCUGCUAACUUGUGGGGACAUAAUCUUUCGUUGUUGCAUGACCGUGUUCUGAAGUACCCAGAGCGUGUCGAAAAUCUGUACUUCACAUACCUAUUUGUUCUUCGGGCAGUGACUAAGGCGGCAGAUUACCUUGAGCAGGCAGAGUACAACACUGGCAAUCCUGAAGAGGACUUGAAAACACAAUCUUUAGUGAGGCAAUUGCUUUACAACCACAAGUUAAGAUCUGCAUGUCCAUUACCUUUUGAUGAAGCAAAACUGUGGCAAGGUGAAAAUGGCCCUGAGUUAAAGCAGGAGAUCCAGAAGCAGUUUAGAAAUAUCAGUGCAAUUAUGGACUGUGUUGGUUGUGAGAAGUGUCGAUUAUGGGGAAAGCUUCAAGUUCUUGGGCUUGGAACAGCGCUGAAGAUUCUAUUUUCUGUUGAUGGAGAGAACAAUUUGAAUCAACAGUUCCAGCUGCAGCGAAAUGAGGUCAUUGCACUGGUAAAUCUUCUGAAUAGGCUGUCAGAAUCUGUCAAGUUUGUACAUGAAACAGGAUCGUCCAGCCAGGAAAUCAUUAAACAACAGAGCUUUUCAACUUUGCAAAAGGGGGCUUCCUGACCAAAUGUGAAACCGUAUUCUGCAAAGAUGCAAGAGGGCAAGUUGUUUCUAUAACUCCUCUUCUCCAUACUGGGAGAGUGAUGUACAUGCAGGGAGCAGCUUCCUAGGGUUCUACAGAUCGUAGACAAAAGAUAUGUAGAAAACUUUGGAAGCCAAACAAAGACAAGUUUACCCCUUUUUUUCUUUCAGUUUUAGUGGGACAUAUCCCUUUCAAAUUUUGUAUGUAGUGUAGACUUCACCUCUUUUCUGUCGAACUUCCAGUUAGUGACAUUUUAUCUUUCCUCCGUUGACUGAUAAUACAUAUGACUGCUAACGAAGUAAGGCCGUUUGUCAA